GUGCUUUGAUACAGCGCCUGUCUUGUCUUGACACAGUGAAACGGCCAGAAAGGCGGCUCGCGCUUAUGCUGACCCUUUCGCCAGGCCACCCUGCGCUUGCGGCUAAUGCAGACCAUGCAACUUUCCAACGAGAUCACAGAUGUUGAUGCACUAAAUAAUGCUCUGUUGAGGUCUGUCCAGGUGAUCCAUCACGUAACAUAGAGAAUCGUUCAUACCAAUCAAUUUUCCUAAUUGUCCCAAAACUGUGUUUCAUGAUUCAGCGUCACCGAUCAUCGUCGGGUGCUCGGGCGCUAGAACCUACCCACGCCUCAUCCACCCCCUCCACCCACAGACGCGGGCAUCCCGGAACAUUGAACACUACCAGACUGUCGGAACCUUGUUCCUGGAGCAUCCAAUAUCAAAAAUCGACACGAGGCUAUCCCUCUCAUUUUUGUGAGACUCAGCAAAUACAGACCCAACCUCACGGGCCAGCUCAUGAGAUUGCGGUCUAAAACAGGAUCCCAUCCAUUCAUCACAAUGCCGUCUAUUGCGGGCUUUCUGUCGCGCUACUUUAACCACGAGAAACCUAAACCGCCACCAAUUACAACCGGCACGGCAUCCAUCCUACUUGUGAUCUACACGCUGGUCUAUGUCAUCCCGUUCUACCUGUCAUCCAGAACCAGGCCAUCCAGGACUCUUUCACGAGAUGCCCCAUCCGUGAUACGGGCACGCAUAACAUCGGUGACCCUCACCUGCAUGUUCUGCUCCAUAUGCACGUUCUUGGUCCUCACUUCUCAAGGCCAUGCAACAAGGCCUGAUGCGGUCCAUUCAAUGGGCUACUGGCCCCUGGGCCUGGCGGAGACGGGGAAGACCCUCUUCUUGACAGCCAUCCUCUUCGCCGGCCCGUUGUACGAGACGUUUGUUGUUCAUGGAGUGUGGCGUGAAUGGUUAAGCCUAAGGCCUGUUACCGAGUUGUUCAGUGAGUGGACUAUGUGGCGGAACAUAAUUGCCGGCCCUUUUACUGAAGAGUUGCUCUUCCGCUCCGCUUCCGUACCGCUCAUGCUGCUGGCCCAGACUUCGGUAACAAAGAUCAUCUUUCUGACACCUGUAAUCUUCGGCCUGGCGCACUUGCACCACUUCUACGAGUUUAGGGUUUCGCAUCCACAUGUACCCGUGUCGGCAUCGUUGCUUCGCUCGCUCUUACAGCUAACUUACACAUCGCUGUUCGGUGCCUAUGCCACGUUCCUUUUUCUCCGCACUGGAAGCCUGCUGGCGAUCUUCGUGGUUCAUGCCUUCUGCAACUGCAUGGGCCUUCCGCGCUUCUGGGGCCGUGUAGAGCCGAUCAACGAGAAUGGAGAACCAGAAGUCAAGGCGUCGAUCGCAUGGUCUGUAGUAUAUUACGCCCUGCUCUUCGUGGGCGCAUUCCUCUGGUGGAAGAACCUAGGGGCUCUGACUGAGAGCAUAAACGAGCUUGUACCUGUCAAGAUCUAAUUUUGGGCAGUCGCGCAGAUCUGCGACGACGAAGAUCUACGCAUGGAAAUUUCAGGAAUUGGUUAGUUGAUAACACGGAUAUUGUAAUUCAUAACAAUUAAUUAAUGGCCUUUUGCGAAACCUG